CUAGCCUGUCAGUCACCAAUAUACUCUUUGCUGUCACGCAUCAUUGUGGCAUCGCAGUUCGUAGCAGCAGGUUUAUCGAUGGUGGUGUAAGGAAAUGGAGUUAUAGAGAAAUCAACAAUGGCUUCAACUGAAAAAGAUCGUGUGAUCUCAACGAGUAAUACGAAUGAAACUUCGUUCAAAUCAUCAGCUAUUUUGCCGUGGGAUAACUUUUCUAAUUGGUUAUAUUGUGUCUGUGUUGUCACAUUCGAUUUGGAGCUUGGCCAGGCCUUGGAGUUUGUCUACCCCAGCCAUGUGAAGCUAACUGAAAAAGAACGGAUGAACAUUUGCUACCUUUCAUUCCCUGAUUCAAAUUCAGGGUGCAUGGGUGAUACAAGAUUCAUGUUUAGAAUUAGGAGGUGUAUGAGCAGGCCAUUAUCAACUCAUACCAAGGCUAAAUAUGAUAGUAAAGGCCCUUUCCAUUUGCAGAGUGAUUCUGCGCAUCUCUAUGGCUACGUGUAUUUUAGACAGGUUAAAGAUAACACAUCAAGAAGAGGCUAUUUUCAAAAGUCUGUUGUCUUGCUAACUAAACUUCCAUAUGUGAUGCUUUUUUCACACCUUGUCAACAUCAUCUCACCUGAGUACUUUGAACAUGGGGAGCCCUCGCUGGAAGCAGCCUCUCAUGAUAUAGAUCAAUGGCCAAUCCCAGUUCCAGGGGAAACUCUUCAUCUGCCUAUAAUCGGCAAUGUAUUGCACGUUCGGAUGCCUUCAGUACAGGAUAAAUUAACAGCGUCCAGUCUUAAGAAGCCAAAUGAGUUUUCUGGAUCUCCUUUAACAAUUUUACCUUCAAUUAAUGAAGUGGAUUUGUUUAGGUAUCUUCAACCUGUCUUGCCACAUAUACAGUUAUUAUGGGAGCUUAUACUGCUUGGAGAGCCUCUAGUAGUGAUGGCGCCCUCACCAACAGAGUGUUCGAACACGGUGCAGGCUUUGGUAAGCAUGAUCCACCCUCUACGAUUCAUGCAAGAUUACCGACCAUAUUUUACAAUACACGACAGCGAGUUCAAGGAAUACACAACAAAAACACAAGCACCCCCCCGUGUUGUGUUAGGUGUUACCAACCCAUUCUUUGCAAAGACUCUACAGCAUUGGCCUCACGUCAUUAGGAUAGGAGACACAACUGGCUCAGACAAAAGUAAUUCCAAAGUAUUAAAACCUAAGAAGACUAGUAGCAUGAAGACAUUAGAGUCAAAACCAGGUGUUUAUACUCAAUACAAACCUUACCUACAAAAGGACAAAUCUAUUACAAAGAAGUUAGCAAAGGGCAUACAAACAAAGAGGCCUUCUGAAGUUCAAGAUGCAAUUCUGAGGCGUCAUUUACUGGAGCUGACGCAGAGUUUUAUAAUUCCGCUAGAGCGAUACCUAGCAAGCCUUAUGCCACUGCAGAGAAAUGUAUCCCCAUGGAAGGGUCCUCCUCGUUUAAAAGCAUUUGAAAUUGAUGCGUUCUUGAAAACGUUAGAACAUUCUGGUCCUCAGCUGACAUCAGGAUUAAAGGGUGACUGGGAAGGCUUGUACAAGAAAUUUUUCCGGUCAGGAAAUUUUGAAGGAUGGUUACAUCAUCGACAGCGAGAGGUUAAUCAGAAGCUGUCUGUCAUCCACAUGGAAGCUGUGUGCUCAGCCAACCUAGUCGACUGGAUAAAGGACAAGAGGGAAGUAGAGGUGGUUGACCUUAUACUCAAGUUGAGGGAGCGUGUGGAUAACGUGCUGCACCAUGAUAUUCAUGUCAAGCCGGAAUUAUUGAGCCAAUUGAAAAGACAAAUUGACAACAUUAUACAUUCGCUACCAGAAGAUCUUCAGUCAGUUCUGAAAAACCACUGACAAUAUCAUCAUGGCUAGAAGGCUUAGAACCUCUAACAACAAUAUAGCAAGGAAGGAGCCCCGCUAACAGUAGAUUAUGCAGGAAUUGGUGCUAAACCAACAUACUUAGGACCACUAAGCAUUUUAGGAGAAUGCAGUUCCAUGCUAAAAGCACUGGCAACAAUAUCAAGGAAGCUAGUAGCGAUUGACAAAAAUGCUUAAAGCUAUCGACAAACAGGGGCUAGGCUGCCAUGCCUAGAACACCUCUAGUUACAGCAUUGAGGGAUUUGGUGCUAGACACUGAAGAGGCUGGUGCUGUAAUAAAUGCUUCGUUCAAUACAUGUUGAAUCAUCUGCAAGAUAUCUAAAGAUAUUCUUUGCACGGUUGCUAGCACAUGGAUUACGGGAUUGAUUUUUAAAAAACUUUUUUUGUGAGAAUUAAUGGGAUUGUAUUUCAAAGAAUGGAAUUGUUUUUAAGGUUCAUGGGACUGUUUACAAUGUCAGAUUAUCUCUCAAGCAGAAUUCCAGUAACUGCUCAGGAUAUCCUUGAAUUGGUGGUUUUGGAGGAAAAAUUAACGAAAGUAUUUUUAUAACAAGGGAGUGUGAAGUGACGUAUCGGUGAAGAUAAUUCCAGUAAAAAGGAUGACUUUGUACCUAAGUGAUGUUCUUCAGUGAGGAUAUUUAUACUAGUUUUUGUAGAAUUUAACUGUACAUUACAAUUUGUCAGUCCUAUAAAUUUAUGUCAACAGUCAGCAAGCAUAAAUAGCAUUGAGGGUGUGCUCCACAUCACAACCAACCAGAGAAUGAGAGAUCUGAAUGUUUCCAUUCUCACAUGGCAUUGAAGAAUAAUUUACAAUAUCAACUCAUUAUAGUAGCAAUAUUUAAACUUUGUUAAAAUUAGGUUUUUACUGAAGCUGUUCUCGCAUCCAUAUUAUAAUCCAGAGACCGAUAUCUUAGUUUAAUAUACUCGGUGAAAUAUGAAAUUUCAGAAGUACACGGAUUGCUUAGAAUGAGCAGGAGAUAGGAUGAACAUUUUAAUGAAGUAUUUAAGAACUGUGGUAUUUUAAUAUGGAUCAGGUUUUAAAUUAUAACAAAGGUGAAAUAUAUUUUUAUUCCGUAACCUUUAUUUUUAUUACAAACAUUAAAGAGAAAUGUUCAUUCUACUUUAAAUAUUCUCAAUAUAAUAUUAUUGUAUGCUCCCUUUUAUUUUUUGCUGAUGGAAGUGCAGCUUAUUUACAGUUUAUUAUUAAUUUAUGAAUUACUUAACCCCAUAGGAUCAUAGACUGCUAGUACUGGCAAUUAGGCCAGACUUUUUUCAUACCUUGUUCUUAUUGUUUUUAAAGGUCAUCAGAGGAGGGCAGAAAAAAAAUGAAACUAAAAUUUAGUUUUCUUAUUUUGCAAAUAGUUUUUCCAAAAACAUCCACAGGAGAAAAUAAAAAUAACAUUUUAUUGGUGAAUGUAAACAGUGUAGUAAUGGGAUGGUUAAAUGCUUUAAAUUUAUAUAAUCAGGAAGAAAUGUACAUGUAUUAUUUUUGCAGAUUUCAAGGCAGUGGCGGACAUAAUAAAAAUAAAGAAAAACUUUUAUAUUUUCUGAAACUUUUUUCAUAGCAGCAGGUGCGCUAAUUGGCCAAAAAUUAAAUUUUAUUUUUAAUUGAAAUCAUCAUUUUGGGGGUGGGGGGAGCGGCGGGUUCGCUAAACAAGGUAUUAAAAAGUCCUGCCUUAGGCACCAUAGCAUACAGUUGCAAGAGCAACACUAGCACAAAAACAAUUGACAAGGAUUUUGUUGUGUUGUAAUCUGCUAGAUUCAUUAUUUAUGUAUGAGUAGCUGUCAUUACAUUAACUGGCUGUGCUACCAAUACCAGUAUUGUAUUGUGUAGCAUGCUACAAAAGUCUGGUAGCUACAGUAACAUGAUAAAUUAUUUUUACUAUGAUGUGUGCUAAAGAGUUAUAUUUUGAUAUUGUAUUAAGUUAAUGUGUGACAUCACAUCUUCAUUUUAAACUUGCCUUCAGCUUUAGUUAAGGAAAGAUGCGCUGCAGAAACUUAAUUUGUAUUUUUUAGAACAGGGAUAUCAUAUUAUAUUAAAAUUUGUUCAAAUUCAUAGGAUCAGUUGCGUUUAAAGUCAAAAUCCUAAAAACAUCAAUAAACAGUAUUUAAGUUACUCGCUCAUUUUACAGUGGUUGGUAGGUAGCUCUUUAUGUUGCUUCAUAAUCGUGCCUACAUUAUUAUGUUUUACACAUGCGCACAUGUAGAUUAAGUAUGCCUGUGUACUGCAUGUCAGCCACUCACAGAGUUAAGAGCUCAGGAUGAUUACAUUAUCAUCAGGAAAAUAUGGAUGAAUAAUGGCAGAGUAAUAAUGUGAUGUAAUGUUUGCCUCGCACCUUACCAAUGCUCUACAUACUUUUUAUGUUAUUUUUUCGAUUAAGCAUGUUGUGUAUAGUUAGGCCUACUCUAUAUUAUGCUUGGCCCUAUGUCACUUGUUGGUAUGGCCAUCAUUAUGACUCGGGUCGUGUAUCGAAUCCAGUUAAUAGGCAGAAAAUAUAUGUAUAUGUAUAAAUUCAUCAAACACAGCUAUUAAAAUUGCCUUUAAUGAUAUUUUUUGUACGUUUCAACAGCAAAUUAUGUAUGAUCAAUAUCUUGGUCAUGCUAAAUGAAUUAAAGUAUUAGGGGCUGAUCCAGAAUUUCAAUACAUAACAUUGAUAUGCAUUGAAAUUUUAAAAUUUCAAUGCCCCCUGCUGGAUCCGCGCCUCAGUAUGAUAUUUUUUAUAUCAGUAUUCUAUUUUGAACACACAAUUUAAUUAUUUUACAUUAUUUGUGGUGUACCACACAUAUGACUAUCAAGUAUUGGUUAAAUCCCAUACUUUUUUGUUCUUAAUAAUAUUUUAAAUUUGCUGAAAUAAUAUGAUAUACAGUAGACAGUAUAAAACAAUUUCCAAAGACAGUGAUUCAUGAUUCAGUGAUGGCUUUGUGUGACUUCCUUUGGAGUUUUAUGUAAAGAUGGACAUACCAUUUGCAUAAUAUGCCUGUCCUUUAUAUUGGUUUUAGGAAUGCUUGUUUAGGUUAUAAUUAGAGUAAUUGACCAAGAACACCUAACAAUGUACUAAUUGUAUUAAUAUACAAUAUUAAGGAAUUAUUUCGCUAAGUGUUUGCAUCAAGAAACUUGAUGAUAUUUUGCCCUACCAGACUUAUUAUCAUACUCGGUAUAUUCCCAUAUACUUGCAAAAAAAAAUCUCAAUUGAUUUGUUGGGGAAUCGCACCCACGACCUCCAGGUAACUACCAAGCCUGGUGGUCUAAUGGUUACGACACUAGGCUAGUUUUCUAGAGAUCGUGUGUUUGAUUCUCAACUAAAACAUAAAUAUUUUUCACAAGUAUAUGAGAACAUACUGAGUACACAGUACGAUAGUGUUCAUUUCAAUAUUGUAUGUUGUUAGUCCUGUUAUAUGCAUUACAAAGGUAUCUAAUAGUUACUAGUAUUAUAUCUUCCAAUUGGUUUCAAUGCUGCUGCUUUUCAAAACAUCAGAGUAUUAAUUGAUUUCAAAACCCUCCACAUAUUACUGUUGUACCUUGGUGUGAAUAAAGACAGCUUUGAAAAAAAUAUUUUACUGAAGCCCAACCAGUAAGUACCCUACAUUAUUAUUUUAGCAAUCUUGCUAAAAAAAACAAACUUAUUGUUACAGUACAGUAGAACCCCUCAUUUACGAACCCCGAUUUUACGAAUUCCCGAUUUUACGAACGUAAAAUCAUGUAAUUGUUGUUAUAAAUAAAGUUCCUAUUUCAUGAACAAAA